AGGAGAGAGAAUAGCAUCUGCAGCCCACAGCCGUGAAUGAUCGGAUUCGGAGCUCCAUAAAUACAACCUUCAGAAACUCUGUUUUCCAUUUCCGAUUCCAAAUCUUCUCUCUACUCUCUCAUUGAAAGAAUUUCAGAAUCCUCUGUUUCUGCUGACGGAAUCCGUCAAUGGAGGUUCAGACUCCGCCCCUUUCGACUCCUUUGGACCACACUCGUCCAUUUUCUUACCCUGCCGCCGUAUUCCCUCCACCGCCUUCUCCUCUCUCCGCCUCCGACGACUCUCCGGUCAGCGGAACCUCCGAAUGCGGCGCCUUCGAAAUGCCCUUCACUUYUGACGCCGACUCCCACGUGAUCAACGGCCACGGCGAAGUCGGCGCUGACGUGGACUCGGCACGGCGAUGCUCGGCGGUGAAGCUGCAGAAAGUGUACAGGGGCUACCGGACCCGCCGGAGACUGGCGGACUCCGCCGUCGUCGCCGAAGAGCUCUGGUGGCUGGCUAUAGACUACGCCAGGUUGAAUCACAGUACGGUUUCGUUCUUCAAUUUCUCGAAACCCGAAACGGCUGCUUCCCGGUGGAACCGAGUCACUUUGAAUGCUUCAAAGGUGGGGAAGGGGCUCUCGAAGGAUGCCAAGGCUCAGAAACUGGCUUUUCAGCAUUGGAUCGAAGCUAUUGAUCCAAGACAUCGAUAUGGGCAUAGUUUGCAUUUGUACUAUGAAGAAUGGUGUAAGGCAGAUGCUGGUCAGCCAUUUUUCUACUGGCUUGAUAUAGGAGAUGGGAAAGAUGUUGAUCUUAAAGAAUGUCCGAGAUCGAAACUCCGACAGCAAAUCAUCAAGUAUCUGGGGCCUCAAGAGCGAGAACACUACGAAUACGUUGUUGUCGAUGGGAGAAUUGUCCAUAAACAAAGUAGAAACUUUCUUGACACAAAGGGAGGAUCAAAAGGGACCAAGUGGAUAUUUGUAAUGAGCACUUUUAAGAGGCUUUACGCUGGUGAGAAGAAGAAAGGAGCUUUCCACCACUCAAGUUUCUUGGCAGGAGGAACCACAUUAGCUGCAGGGAGGCUAGAGGUAGAAGAUGGAGUUCUUAAGGAAAUCUCAGCUUAUAGCGGACAUUACAAGCCUACAGACGACCAUCUCGAUGGAUUCUUAAAAUUCCUCGAGGAAAACGGCGUGGUCCUUAAGGAUGUCGAGGUACAUCGAGCAAACGAAGAUUCUGAAGGCUAUGACGAUAUCAAGGCGGUCGGAGGUCGAAACAAGGCCGAUUUUCUGGGGAAGCUAGAAGCACUUGACAUCAAAACAGUUGAGGCUUCCUCCAUUGUAGCUCAGGUCUCCCAAGCUGGAAUCRAAACAGAAUACAAGAGGACCUUAUCCGGUGGCCUGAAGAGCCCGAGAGCCGACGUCCCGAAAAAGGCGAUACUGCAGAGAAUCAACUCGAAGAAGACAGCAAACUCUUAUCAAUUAGGCCAUCAACUUUCGCUCAAAUGGACGACAGGAGCAGGUCCGAGAAUAGGGUGUGUCGCUGACUACCCAGUCGAGCUACGAGUACAGGCAAUGGAGCUCGUUAACCUAUCGCCAAGGACUCCCCCAACUCCAUCAUACUCGAAAAGAAUGGCAGGUUUUCCGACCCCAACGACUCCGACAACAAGUACCUUCAAUGGUGAUGAUAGCUCCAACUUUUGAAACCAGCAUUUGUAUCCUUAAAAACACUCGAAACUUAUGGUGCUAUGAAAACUCUGUAAACCAUAUGGAACGUAAUGUCUGAAUUUUCAUUCUGUUUUUGUCAACUGAUCAAAAUGUUGAUGUAAAAUCAUUGGAGUAUCAUCUUAGUAACUAAAAUUAAAGCUUUUGUUUGAGAUA